ACGUGAUCCCUUGUUGACGCUCGUACUAUUUGCACAGUGAGCGCAAGCUCUGCCUGUGCUUGGUGCAAUGUCAUCCUUAGGUCUGGCGUGUAAAGAUCAGCAAACAGCCCCGCGCCGUGCGCCUGUACAUGCAAGGACUAUUCGCUCGAAUGUUUCUGUUCAAGACGAAGCCGAAUGCUGGUCAACGUUGUCUCCGUAAUUAGAGAUUUUUCUCCAUAAGUCGGCAAAGAAGUCACAUUCCAUGAAGUUAUAUCGCCAGUCACGACGCUAGAACUGCAAGACUGCGCCGCCGUGAUUGUGCUCGCUGUCCGUCAGUGAGAUGGCUGUUUUGCGACAGUUUGGCCUGCUGCUAUGGAAGAAUUACAUUCAGCAGAAACGCCAGAUCCUGGUGACGCUGGUAGAGGUGGCUCUUCCGCUCCUCUUUUCUGCCAUUCUCAUCGUGCUCCGCCAGAAAGUGCCCUCGACCAGCUACCCCAACGGCACGCAUUACGAGAGCUUCUCCGUGAGCCGCCUGCCCUUCCCGCUCUCCAUCGGGAGGUUCCAGUUCGCCUACGUCCCCGGGAACUCCAGCGUGGUGCGGCAGGUGGCUGAAGAUGUGCAGAGGAGCCUGGGCCCAAUGAGCAUCCGCUCAGUGCGAGGCUUCGAGACGGAAGAGCUCUUUGAGGAGUUUGUGAGGACGGACCCGGAUUCCGGCUCUGUUCUGGCGGCCGUGGUCUUCACGCAUGCCUUCUCCCAAGAGGACGAGCCCCUGCCUCUCCAGGUCGAUUAUCACCUGCGCUUCAAAUACAGCCCCCGCAACGCGCCGGCUCGCGAGAAGGUGGAACUGAACCCGAACAGCGACCUGGACUGGCACACCCUCAGCCUCUUCCCGCUGUUCCAGCUGCCCGGCCCCCGCGAGCAGUACGACGCCCAUGGGGGCACGCCAGGGUACUACAGGGAGGGCUUCCUGGCGGUGCAGCAUGCGGUGGACCGGGCCAUCAUGCGGGCAUACAACCGGACGGCGGCGGACGCCCUGCUGCUCCGGACCAGCGUCUUCCUGUCCCGCUUCCCCUUCCCACCUUUCAUCUACGACGUCUUCAUCCUGGCCAUCCAGAACCAGCUACCCCUGCUGCUGGUGCUGAGCUUCACCUACACCUCCCUGAACAUCGUCCGCGCCGUGGUGCAAGAGAAGGAGAAAGAGCUCAAGGAAUACAUGAGGAUGAUGGGCCUGAGCAAUGGUCUUCACUGGGCCGCUUGGUUCCUCAUGUUCUUCCUCUUCCUCUCCAUCUCCAUCUUCUUCGUCACGCUGAUCUUCUGUAUCAAGGUCAGCCCCAAUGGUGCGGUGUUGAGCUACAGCGACCCUACCUUGGUCUUCGUCUUCCUGCUGUUCUUCGCCGUGGCCACCAUCAGCUUCAGCUUCAUGAUCAGCGUGUUCUUCUCCAGAGCCAAUGUGGCGGCAGCUGCUGGUGGCUUCAUCUACUUCCUGAGCUACAUCCCCUACGUGUUCCUGUCGCCACGCUACGACCUUUUGACCCACCCGCAGAAGGUCUCCGCCUGCCUCGUCUCCAACGUCGCCAUGGCGAUGGGUGCCCAACUGGUGGGCAUGUUCGAGGGCAAAGGGACUGGCAUCCAGUGGAGUAACCUCUUUGAGCCGGUGACGGUGGACGACGACUUCUCGCUGGCCCAGGUACUGGGCAUGCUGCUGCUGGACGCGCUGCUGUACGGCCUGGUGGCCUGGUACGUGGAGGCCGUCUUCCCUGGGGAGUACGGCGUGCCGCUGCCCUGCUACUUCUUCCUGCUGCCCUCCUAUUGGUGCGGCAGCCCUCGUCUGGCCUCGGUGAAGGAGAAGGAGGAAGAGGAGGAUGCAGAGAAGGCUGUGAAGGGCGAGUUCAUCGAGGAAGAGCCGUCGGGGCUGGUGUCCGGGAUCAAGAUCAAGCGCCUGUCUAAGGUGUUCAAAGCGGGCAACAAAACUCGGGAGGCAGUGAGGGACCUGACCCUCAACAUGUUCGAGGGACAGAUCAGCGUUCUGCUCGGCCACAACGGGGCUGGCAAGACGAGCACGCUGUCCAUGCUGACUGGCCUCUUUCCCCCCACCAGGGGGCGCGCCUACAUCAAUGGCUAUGACAUCUGCCAGGACAUGGCGCUGGUACGCCGCAGCCUGGGCCUGUGUCCGCAGCAUGACGUGCUUUUCGACAACCUCACCGUGCAGGAGCACCUGCUCUUCUAUGCCCAGCUGAAGGGCUUCCCCCGUCAGAACAUCCCCGAGGAGGUGGACCGGACUAUCCGCAUCCUCAACCUGGAGGACAAGCGGCACGCCCGCUCCAAGACGCUCUCCGGGGGGAUGAAGCGCAAGCUGUCCAUCGGCAUCGCCCUCAUCGGCGAUUCCAAGGUGGUGAUGUUGGAUGAGCCCACGUCGGGCAUGGACCCCUCGGCACGCCGGGCCACGUGGGACCUGCUGCAGGGCCAGAAGCGCGGCCGCACCAUCCUGCUGACCACCCACUUCAUGGACGAGGCCGACCUGCUGGGCGACCGCAUCGCCAUCAUGGCCAACGGGGAGCUGCAGUGCUGCGGAUCGCCGCUCUUCCUGAAGAACAAAUAUGGUGCUGGCUACCACAUGGUGAUAGUGAAGGGUGAGAUGUGCAACGUAUCGGAGAUCAGCCAGCUGGUCCACAUGUACGUGCCCAACGCCACGCUGGAGAGCAGUGCCGGUGCAGAGCUCUCCUACAUCUUACCCAAGGAGAGCACCAGCCGGUUUGAGUUGCUGUUUGCGGAGCUGGAGAUGAACCGAGAGGAGCUGGGUAUCGCCAGCUACGGAGCCUCUGUCACCACCAUGGAAGAGGUUUUCCUCAGGGUGGGGAAGCUGGUCGACUCCAGCCUGGACAUUGAGGCCAUCCAGCUGCCGCCGCUGCAGUACCAACACGAGCGCAGGUCACAUGACUGGUCCAUGGACGACGGCAGCAGCAUCAGCAGCCUCACCGACGUGACGGACUUCACCGACAGUGGGACUCUCAUCCUGGAGGACUGCUCCAACAUCAAGCUCAAUGCAGGGGUGAGGCUGUACCUGCAGCAGUAUUACGCCAUGUUCCUGAAGAGGGCGCUGUACACCUGGCGGAACUGGAAGGUGAUCGUGGCGCAGUUCCUGGUGCCGCUGGUGUUCACCGUGCUGUCGCUGGUGGUGGCACACUCCCUGCCCGGCCACGGCGACUCGGCCCCGCUGGACCUGACGCUGAGCCGCUACGGCCCCACCGUCGUGCCCGUGGCCGGGGCCAACUCGGAGCCGGCGGCGGCCAGCCUGGCCGCGAUGUACGCCGGGCAGCUGGCGGAGCAGGAGGGCCGCGCGGAGGACGUCUCUGACCUCCCCGAGUUUGUGCUCCGUCGGGCCGAAGAUGAGGGCGGAGCUUUUAACGAGCACUGCGUGGUGGGCGUGUCCUUCCGUGGCCACCUGCUGAGCUCUGUGGAGGCUAUAGCCUACUUCAACAACCAGGGGUACCACACUCCCGCCACGGCUCUGCUGCUGCUGGACAGCGCCCUCUACAGGCUGCUGGCGGGGCCCAACGCCUCCAUCCAUGCAUCCAACUACCCAAUGCCACGCAACAUCUCGGAGAAGGCGCAGAGCCAGCUGACAGAGGGUCAGACGGGCUUCGCCAUCGCCAUUAACCUGAUGUACGGCAUGGCCUCCCUGUCCAGCACCUUCGCUCUGCUCCUGGUCACCGAGCGCUCCAUCAAAUCCAAGCACGUCCAGCAAGUCAGCGGCGUCUACCUGUCCAAUUUCUGGUUCUCUGCACUCCUCUGGGACCUGAUCAACUUCAUGCUGCCCUGUGUUCUGAUGCUGGUGGUGUUCUGGGCCUUUGGGGUGCACGCCUUCACCAGGGAGACCCACCUGGUGGACGUGCUGCUGAUGCUGCUGCUGUACGGCUGGGCCGUGGUGCCCCUCAUGUACCUGCUGAGCUUCCUGUUCUCCACGGCGGCCACAGCCUACACGCGCCUCACCGUCUUCAACAUGGUCAGCGGCACCGCCUCCUUCCUGGCCGUCACCAUCAUGACCAUCCCUGAGCUGCACCUGGAGCACCUCUCUUGGGUCCUGGACAAGGUGUUCCUCUUAUUCCCAAACUACUGCCUGGGGAUGUCCUUCAGCCAGUUCUACCAGAACUACGAGGUCAUCAGCUUCUGCACUUCCAGCCCCAUCGCCGAGUCCUUCUGCAAGGUCUUCAAUCUCACGUAUCAGGAAAACUACUUCUCCAUGUCGGAGCCCGGGAUCGGCCGCUUCCUCGUGGCCAUGUCUGUUCAGGGCGUGGUCUUCAUCACACUGCUCUUCGUCAUCGAGCUGCAGUGCAUUCGCACGCUGCGCCGCCUGCUCAGCGCCCUCUGCAGGAGGCGGCAGAAGAUGCUGCUGCUGGGGGCUUCCUCACUCCAGCCGGAGGACCGAGACGUGGCGGAGGAGCGCAAGCGGGUGCUGGAGUGCCAGCCGGCCGUGGAGUCAAUGGUGGGCAGCCCACUGGUCCUGCAGGAGCUGACCAAGGUGUACAGCAGUGGAGCCGCCCUGCUGGCCGUGGACAGACUGUCUCUGGCUGUUGGCAAAGGCGAGUGCUUUGGCCUGCUGGGAUUCAACGGGGCUGGGAAGACCACUACCUUCAAGAUGCUGACGGGAGACGAGACGGUGACCGCGGGGGACGCCUACAUCGACGGCUACAGCGUCCUGAGGGACAUCAAGAAGGUACAGCAGCGCAUUGGCUACUGUCCGCAGUUCGACGCCCUCCUGGAGCACAUGACCGGCCGCGAGACGCUGUGCAUGUACGCGCGGCUGCGCGGCAUCCCCGAGCGCUACGUGGCAGCCUGCGUGGAGAACGUGCUGCGCUCGCUGCUGCUGGAGCCGCACGCCGACAAGCUGGUGCGCAGCUACAGUGGGGGCAACAAGAGGAAGCUGAGUGCAGGCAUGGCGCUGAUCGGAGGCCCCCCCGUCAUCUUCCUGGACGAGCCGUCCACGGGCAUGGACCCGGUGGCCCGCCGACUGUUGUGGGACGCGGUGAGCCGCACCAGGGAGCUGGGCAAGGCCAUCAUCAUCACCUCACACAGCAUGGAGGAGUGUGAGGCCCUGUGCACCAGGCUGGCAGUCAUGGUCAAUGGCCAGUUCAAAUGCCUUGGCAGCCCCCAGCACCUGAAGAGCAAGUUUGGCAGCGGCUAUACGCUGCUGGCUAAGGUCCGCCUGGAGGAGGAGGAGGAGAUGGACCUGCAGCUCUUCAAGGACUUCAUCGAGAGCACUUUCCCUGGCAGCAUGCUGAAGGAUGAGCACCAGGGCAUGGUGCACUACCACCUGACCGACAAGACCCUCACCUGGGCGCAGGUUUUUGGGACCCUGGAAGCAGCCAAAGAGAAAUACAGGUUGGAGGAUUACUGUGUGAGUCAGAUCUCCCUGGAGCAGGUCUUCCUGAGCUUCGCCCAGUUCCAGCACUGCGCCGAGGGCAGCCGGAAAUGAAGCGGAGCCCCCCCCCCUUCGUGCCACUGCAGGCCCUGUCACAGCAUGCCAGGCAGCUAGAACAGCCCUGGGCUCCUCUGUCCUCUCACAUGCGGCUGCAGUUAUAAAUGCAGACACUCGCACACACACACAUGCACACUGACAUAUUGCGCCGAAAUGCGCAGGCCUUCAGGGCCGCGUCGUCCCAGACCAGGGGCAGCGUCCACACUACACAGGGUGGCUGUUUAUCUGUCACGGCCUCUGGGACCGACCCCCCGGUCGGAGCAAGACGUCCGGAUCCUAGGCGUCGCUCAGCGCUGGUUUGUCUGAUCUCUGUGACUGUUUUGAGGCCAAACGAGGAAGCCUUUCUCUUUUCCAGACUUAUGAAGCGCUUGUUUCGAAGACCUUGUUUACCACUGGAUGUGAGGUGGAUAAUGCAUAUUAUAGCUUGCGUUUGCGUGUGUCAGCGAGAGAGAAGCAGAGAACUCGCAUUCGUUUCUGUGCUUUUGGUUUCUUUGUCGGUCAUUUCCAGCGGCUUCUCUAUUCUCUCUUAGCAGUAAGGAGAUGUGCAAUUCACUACCUUUAGCCGUCUGUAAAAGUUCACAUGCCACGUGAUGUUUGACACACAACGUGCAUGUUUUGUUUUUUUUUAUAUGUUUUUUUUAAUCAAGUUCGCCAUGAGUCCAUCCUUAACCUUCGGGCUUUCCGAUCACCCAGUGAAUAUCCUGCCCAAAGCUAAUCUAUCAGGCUGUAAAUACUUCUGUAGUUGUUUGUAAAUAUUACGAAGAACUGUAGCUCUUCCCAACCAGAUAACAGAUUAGUAAUUAUUGGGAGGGAAUAGAGGGGACCUGCAUGUCAGGGAUACUUUGAAACCGCAUUCUUUACCAUAUCCUGGCUUCCAAAAUACAGCCCUAGACGUCUGAGUCAAGGACCGGCUCCACCCUGUCGUCACCAGUACAAGGAGGUGCAUCGCAGGACCCAGUGGCCUGCAGGAGAGCCGUGAAGCCGUGGAGAUAUUCAAGCCUGCGACUAGUGCACAAGUCCUCCUAGUGCACAAGUCCUCCUAGUGCACAAGUCCUCCUAGUGCACAAGUCCUCCUAGUGCACAAGUCCUCCUAGUGCACAAGUCCUCCUAGUGCAGGUUCUAGUAAACAGUGAUGACAUGUCCGUGGGAGGGGUUCCCCACUGCACCGUGGACACCCUUCUGUAGUCAUGCUGUAGAUGCUUUAUAAAUGCAUAUAAAUAUACAUUUUCAGGGAACUCAAUGGCCCAUGACAUUUAUACAAGAAACAUUCAUCUGAGCACCCAGUCAAGUUUUUUUUUUUUUUUUUUUUUGUUUGUAUUUAUCAGUGGACCAUACUGUAAUAGUUUUAUUUUCGGCAUUAUGUCUUACUCCACGGGUCUGUGUUUACAUGUGCUCGUCGAUGUUGUUUGUGUGCCGUGGGACUGCCAUGCCAAAUUUCCUCCACAAUACAAAUCCUUCCUCCUGUCAGCUGGUCGGCCAAUGAUACAACCGUACGCCUCCAGUUCACCGGUGACGUGUCACAAAUUCACCCUCUAUGGUGGCAGAAGCAAGCGUUUACACGAAUGACAUACGCCGCCGAAUGGUUUAGACAAGGUGCGUUUUCAUUAUUAGAAAAAAUUGUUUACAUUUAGCUUGAUAGUAUAACUGACAUUUUUUAUUAGAUUAUUAAUGUGUAUUUAGCUUGAUAGCAGCAGCCAGUGUUUACAUUAAUAAAAUACAUUGACAAAUGUUUUUAAAAAGAUAUCUGGGUUACAUGUAAUAUAUUUAGGUUUACAAUUGAAUGCAUAGUGGUAAAGCAAAAUCCCUCCUACAAUCAAUUUAUAAAGGUGAUAGUCAUCAAAUUCAUGCCAAGUUAACAUACAGUAAUAUUCAAUGACAGGUUGCUAUGGCGAGAGGUAAGGAAGGAGCAUGUGCUGAUUACCCACCACGCGACGAACCAUACUUCAACAAAACGUAUCAGUGAAUCAAUUAUUUUUGAGCUAGACAUACAGUUGUAAUUGAUCAGGCAGCUGAUCGACACCUCACAGGAGGAAAGGAUUUGGUUGGCGGAAGGAAUGUCACAUGACAGGUCCAUGUUUCACUAUUGGUUACCCAAAACACCUAGUAACACUAUGUGUAUGUACCUAGUUAUCAUCUGACAAUUGCAUGUUGGUGAGAAAUUACUACUCUUUCCUCUCCAUCUUCAUUUCGCUGCUGUUGGUUUAACUUUUUGAAAAUACGUGAAGCCAUCCAUCUUAUUUCAGCUGGAAGCUACUGAGGUCCUACCAAGUCAGGCGAGGUUUGCUGUGUAUGACUUUAUCUGUACUGGACGGAGUGACUGGUCCCUGAUGCUUCAUGCAUAAAACGGGCUCGGGGAGGGGGGGCAGCAUUAUGUUUGCUUUACCCGGCUGUCCAGGUCUUCCAUCUUGAAACCCUGGGUUGUUGUGACUGAUUGUGGUGGUUUAUGCAACGGAACGCCAUCGGCGUCAAACCCAGUACCCCUGCAUUCCGCCUUGCAUUCUGCCAUUUGUCAGAAGUAUGUUUCUGGUAUGUGUUUGCCUUCUCGGGGUGGGACGCUGUACCCAUGAUCAGAAGGUCGCCUGUUUAAAUCCCGUGGCUAACUGAGUGAUAUCACUGUUGGGCCCUUCAGCGAGGCCCUUAACCCCCCAUUAUUACAGGGUUACUGAUUGACCCUCCUUCCUCAGUUGUAUGUCACUUUGGAUAACAGCUUCCACUAAAUAAAUGUAAAGUUCCAUCCCAAGUGACUGUAAUGCUGUUGCAGUCUUCCUGCAAUUUUUUAAAUUUUUAUUUCUUUUUUAAUAUGCCAUGGGAAGUGAGAUUGCGUUCCAGGAUCACAGCCAGCCGCAAGCCCUGAUCUCAGAACAGUACUACAAUGUUUUGGACACUAACACUUUUAAAAUUUUAUUAUCAUCAUCAUAAUUAUUUUAAUACUGCAUCACUGAACUCUGCAUUUCCUUACUGACUGCACCCAGCAUGUCUUCACAGCAAAUGUCACAUCACUGCACAGUUACAGUGAAACGUCUUUCUUGCCGAACCUCCAUGUCGUCGAAAAUGAGUUGGAUGUGUCUGCAGACGGUCUACCUACCUGGCUGGCACUCUGUAUGUGGGCGAAGCAAGGCCUCAAGCAGGCCUGCUGGGUGGAGGGGCGGGGGCAUCCUGCUUCAGGACCUUCAUAUGUUCUCUUCAUUCACUGACGCAUCCCUGAGGAAGCUUUGGGACUUUAGAAGAAGCUGAGAGAUCAGCAUCCCUCACACUCUGAUUAAUGGGCUUCAGACACGGUGCUUUUAUCGUUUGGGACUUUUUUUGUUUGUUUUGCAGAACUUACCUUAAAAAAAAUCUUGAAAGCUUGAUGGUUGUAAUGGAAAAAAAAUGCAAAACGGUACCAUACUGAAAAAGGGAACUAACAUUAUUGUGAUAUAACUUACUAGAUACAUGUUGUCUACAAUGAAUGUAUUGCUAUUAUUUUUUAAAAUAAACCUGCUUUGUGUAAAAUGAA